AUGCAGUGUUUUAUCAAGCGGAAUAAGAAGAACUCUACGUUCUACCUCUACCUUGGCUUGACAACUGGGACACUUUCAGCUACUGUAGAUAAAGGGAAGUUUCUCAUGGCCGCAAGAAGGUUUAGGCGUGGCCCCCAUACCGAGUACAUUAUAUCCCUUGAUGCUGACGACUUGUCACAAGGGAGCAAUGCAUAUAUGGGGAAACUGAGAUCUGAUUUUUGGGGAACAAACUUCAAAGUAUAUGAUAGCAAGCCACCACAUGAUGGCGCUAAAGCAUCAAGUAGUCGAUCUAGUCGGCGUUUCGGAAGUAGAAGAAUAAGCCCCCAAGUAUCGGCGGGCAACUAUGAAGUCGGGCAGCUUUCAUACAAAUACAACCUGCUCAAAUCCAGAGGCCCCAGGAGGAUGUAUUGUGCACUCGAGUGCGCUUCACCUCAAGAGACCUGGGAAAACGCCCUCAAGACAAAGUUCCGGAAGCCCAUGGGCACCACGGUUUUAAGAAACAAAGCUCCCCGCUGGCACGAGCACCUGCAGUGCUGGUGCUUGAACUUCCAUGGGCGGGUAACAGUUGCGUCCGUCAAGAAUUUCCAGCUGUCCGUUGCCGCUGACCCCAAUGACCCUGCUGGCUCCAGGGAUGAGGAGACGGUGCUGCUGCAAUUUGGUAAGGUCGAUGACGACAUCUUCACGAUGGAUUAUCGGCAGCCACUGUCGGCAUUUCAGGCCUUUGCCAUCAGCCUCAGCAGCUUUGGCACCAAGCUGGCUUGUGAAUAG